UCUACUGUCUCGGUGAGGGUAUCGGUGAGGGUAGCACCAUAGCACCACCUUCUCUCUCUCCUGCAGGACCGCCUUUUGCUCUCCCUAACCCUCUCCCAACUCCGGGUUUGGGUCCGUGCUUCAAAUUUUGGACGCACUUUGGCCCCGAGAUCCGGCUACUUCCGAAUAUGAGUAGCCUGGUAGAGAGGCUUCGUGCUAGAUCAGAUCGGAAACCAAUAUACAACAUUGACGAAUCAGAUGAUGAUGCCGAUCUUUUGCCUGGAAAACAUGGGACAGCUCAUGAAAAGUUUGAAAAGAUAGUCAGGAGCGAUACGAAGGAGAAUUUAUGUCAAGCCUGUGGAGAAAGCGGGAAUCUUCUCUGUUGUGAAACAUGCACUUAUGCUUAUCAUUCCAAGUGCUUACUUCCUCCUCUGAAAGCUCCUCUUCCUGGCAACUGGAGGUGUCCUGAAUGUGUUAGCCCUCUAAAUGACAUCGAGAAGAUAUUGGACUGUGAAAUGCGCCCUACUGUUGCUGAUGAUAGUGAUGCCUCAAAGUUGGGAUCAAAGCAAAUUUUUGUAAAACAAUAUCUUGUAAAGUGGAAAGGAUUAUCUUAUUUGCAUUGCACAUGGGUGCCAGAGAAAGAGUUCCUAAAAGCUUUUAAGACGCAUCCUCGCCUAAAGACUAAAGUAAACAAUUUCCAUCGUCAAAUGGCAUCUAACAAUAACUCUGAGGAAGACUUUGUUGCCAUUCGACCUGAAUGGACUACAGUUGAUCGGAUUCUUGCUUGCAGAGGUGAUGAUGAUGAGAAGGAAUAUCUUGUGAAGUGGAAAGAACUUUCAUAUGAUGAAUGUUACUGGGAAUUUGAAUCAGAUAUUUCUGCAUUUCAGCCAGAAAUAGAGAGAUUUAAAAUAAUUCAGUCUAGGUAUACUAAGUCUAGUAAGCAGAAAAGCAGCCCAAAAGAUGCUAUGGAAUCAAGGAAGAAGCAGAAAGAAUUUCAACAGUAUGAACACAGUCCUGACUUUCUUUCUGGAGGCACACUACAUCCAUAUCAGCUUGAAGGAUUGAACUUCCUACGUUUCUCUUGGUCCAAACAAACUCAUGUAAUACUAGCUGAUGAGAUGGGACUUGGAAAAACUAUACAGAGUAUUGCUUUUCUGGCCUCUCUUUUUGAAGAGAACCUUUCUCACCAUUUGGUGGUUGCUCCACUUUCAACUCUGCGAAAUUAACGUGAAUUUGCAACAUGGGCUCCUCAAAUGAACGUCGUUAUGUAUGUUGGGUCUGCCCAAGCUCGUGCUGUUAUUAGGGAAUAUGAAUUUUACUUUCCCAAAAGCCACAAGAAAAUCAAGAAAAAGAAAUCUGGUCAAGUUGUUACUGAAAGCAAGCAAGAUAGGAUAAAAUUUGAUGUCCUUCUAACGUCGUAUGAGAUGAUUAACUUGGACUCAGCAUCCUUGAAACCGAUCAAGUGGGAGUGCAUGAUUGUUGAUGAAGGUCAUCGUCUUAAAAACAAGGAUUCAAAAUUGUUUUCUUCAAUGAAGCAGUAUUCAAGUAGACAUCGAGUGCUUUUGACUGGGACUCCUCUUCAGAAUAAUCUUGACGAACUUUUCAUGCUUAUGCACUUCCUUGAUGCUGGAAAGUUUGGAAGUUUAGAGGAGUUCCAGGAAGAGUUUAAGGAUAUCAAUCAAGAAGAGCAGAUUUCUAGGCUUCAUAAAAUGUUGGCCCCCCAUCUCCUUAGAAGAGUAAAAAAAGAUGUAAUGAAGGAACUUCCUCCUAAAAAGGAACUUAUUUUACGUGUUGAAUUGAGUAACAAACAGAAAGAAUACUACAAAGCAAUUCUGACUCGGAACUAUCAGAUACUAACUCGACGUGGUGGUGCACAGAUUUCUCUAAUCAAUGUGGUUAUGGAAUUGAGAAAGCUCUGCUGUCACCCUUAUAUGUUAGAAGGAGUUGAACCUGAUAUAGAAGAUACAAAAGAAUCUUUCAAACAGCUCCUGGAAUCAUCAGGGAAGUUGCAAUUGUUGGACAAAAUGAUGGUGAAGCUGAAAGAGCAAGGCCAUAGAGUUCUCAUAUAUUCACAAUUUCAACACAUGUUGGACUUGCUCGAAGAUUAUUGCACUUAUAAGAAAUGGAUGUAUGAGCGGAUAGAUGGCAAAGUUGGUGGAGCUGAAAGACAAAUUAGAAUAGACCGAUUUAAUGCCAAAAAUUCAUCCAGGUUUUGUUUUUUGCUCUCAACCAGAGCUGGAGGCUUGGGAAUAAACCUUGCAACUGCCGAUACAGUUAUCAUAUAUGAUAGUGAUUGGAAUCCCCAUGCCGAUCUACAAGCUAUGGCUAGAGCUCAUCGACUUGGGCAAACUAACAAGGUGAUGAUUUAUAGGCUCGUAACACGAGGAACCAUUGAAGAAAGGAUGAUGCAAAUGACUAAGAAGAAAAUGGUGUUAGAACAUCUCGUUGUUGGGAGGCUGAAGGCUCAAAACAUUAACCAGGAAGAGUUAGAUGACAUCAUAAGGUAUGGCUCAAAGGAGUUAUUUGCUGAUGAGAAUGAUGAAGCAGGGAAAUCCAGACAAAUUCAUUAUGAUGAUGCAGCAAUAGAUAGAUUACUUGACCGUGAACAUGUUGGAGAUGAAGACGCUACAUUGGAUGAUGAAGAAGAAGAUGGGUUUUUAAAAGCCUUUAAGGUGGCAAAUUUUGAAUAUAUUGAUGAAGCAGAGGCUGUACCAGAGGAGGAAGCACAGAAGCCAACUGUUGACAUUAAGACUACAACAAGCAAUUCAGAAAGAUCAAGUUACUGGGAAGAGUUGUUAAGAGACAGAUAUGAAGUGCACAAAAUUGAAGAGUUCAAUGCUUUGGGCAAGGGAAAGAGAAGCCGAAAGCAGAUGGUAUCUGUUGAAGAAGAUGACCUAGCUGGUUUGGAAGAUGUGAGCUCUGAUGGUGAGGAUGAUAACUACGAAGCCGAGCUGACCGAUGGUGAAACAACUGCAACAGGAGCUCCUUCUGGGAGAAAGCCUUACAAAAAGAAAUCUCGUGUGGAUGGCACCGAGCCACUUCCUUUGAUGGAAGGUGAAGGGAGAUCAUUCAGGGUACUAGGUUUCAAUCAAAAUCAGAGGGCAGCAUUUGUGCAAAUUUUGAUGAGGUUUGGGGUUGGUGAUUUUGACUGGAAGGAGUUUACGUCUCGUAUGAAGCAGAAGACCUAUGAAGAAAUAAAAGAUUAUGGGGUUCUCUUCUUGUCUCACAUUGCUGAAGAUAUAACAGACACCCCAACCUUUUCAGACGGUGUUCCUAAAGAAGGACUCAGAAUACAAGAUGUGCUUGUUAGGAUUGCAGUUCUGAUGCUAGUAAGGGACAAAGUGAAGUUUUCAUCAGAAAAUCCAGGCACUCCACUUUUCACUGAGGACAUCAUAUCUCGGUACCCAGGGUUGAAGGGUGGAAAAUCUUGGAAGGAGGAACAUGAUUCAUUAUUAUUGCGUGCUGUACUGAAGCAUGGGUAUGGAAGAUGGCAAGCUAUUGUUGAUGACAAGGAUCUGAGGAUUCAGGAGGUGAUUUGUCAAGAGUUAAAUCUCCCCUUCAUAAAUCUACCUGUCCCAGGACAAGCUGCUUCCCAAGCACAAAAUGGUACAAAUACAGCUAAUGCAGGAGCGCCUGGCUCCCAGUUAAAGGAAAAUGGUGGUGGGAAUGAUAUAGCAACUGAUGCUGCACCUGGAACUGCUGAUGCUUCAAACCAAGCACGGCUACAUCAAGACCCUUCUAUACUACUUUACUUCAGAGAUAUGCAGAGAAGACAGGUUGAGUUUAUCAAGAAAAGGGUGCUUCUCUUGGAAAAGGGACUCAAUGCAGAGUACCAGAAAGAAUACUUCGGUGACGUGAAACCAAACGAGACUGCUAGUGAGGAGCCUGAAAAUGAACCUAAGGUUACAAAUAUGCCAAGUCCCAAUGUGGAGGUUGAUACCCAAGUGAUUGAUCAAUUGCCUCAAGUAGAAGCAAUAACUACCGAAGAAAUUGCUGCUGCUGUUUGUGAUGAUGACCGAGAUCGAUUGGAAUUGGCUCAGCUUUAUAAUGAGAUGUGCAAGAUUGUAGAGGAAAACGCCCAGGAAUCUGUUCCGACAUCCUUAGCAAACCAAUCUGUGACGAGUGUCAACUUGGGAAAGAAACUCCGGCCGUUGGAAAGCAUCUAUGAAGACGUAAAUCGCAUUCUCUCUCCUGCACAGACAAAUCCCCCUACUUCAGAACAUCCAAUGAAUACGGGGCAACAAUCACAAGUUGAAUCACAGAACACCAUUUCAGGCACUGGAUCACCAUCUAUGCAGCAAGAAGGCCACAGCCCUGCUUCCAUGGUGGUAACAGAGAUGAUGGAUGUAGAAACAGAACCUCUAAACGAAAGCAGCAAGUUGGAGUCAAACCCAGACCAAGACCCAAACCAAGCAAAAACACAGAGUGAGUCGCCUCUUAACGUUCAACCUUCUACAGAUCAAAGUCGUCCAACGGCAGAAAAUGCAAGUUUGCCUGAUAUAUCUGCGGACAAUGUGGAAAUGGAAGAAAGGAAAGACGAAGCUAUACCCAACGGAAGCACAGAGAAAUCAGAGCCGGGGGUCAUUAUUUUGGAUGACUGACACAUACAUGUAACAUCACUAAGCGGCCCAUUCUUACCCAUUUUCAUGAUGCAUUGCUCUCUGUAACAUUUAACAAUUUUUACCUGAAACCAAAUUAAUUUUAAUGGAACUUCAUCG